AUGAAAUAUAUUGCUGAUACUGUUAAAAAUUUUGGCAAAUAUUAUCGACAACAUUCAGCAAAAGAAUGGAAAGACUACUUUUUUAGUACACAUUUUUUAGGUCCUCUAGUUAAUUAUGGCCUACCAGUAGCAGCUAUUGCUGAUCUUAAAAAAAGUCCUGAAUUUAUUAGUGGAAAUAUGACGGUUGCUUUAUUAGUUUAUAGUUCUAUUUUUAGUAGAUUUGCCUGGAGAGUUCAACCAAGAAAUAUGCUUUUGUUAAGUUGUCAUGUUCUUAAUUUGACUGCUCAAAGUACACAAAUGAUUCGCUUUCUUAAUCACAAUUAUAUUCAUGCUUUCAAUGAUCCUUAUUGUGAAGAAGACAAAAAAAAUGAAGAAAAAAACUAA